AUGGCUGAAUCCUUGCGUUUCCUUGGCUCCCUCCCCGGCCACAAGGGAUGGGUUACUGCCAUCGCCACCUCCUCGGAGAACCCAGACAUGAUUUUGACGGCUUCCCGAGACAAGACCAUCAUCGUCUGGCAGCUCACUCGCGACGAGGACACGUAUGGCUACCCCAAACGAAUUCUCCAUGGCCACAACCACUUCGUCUCUGACAUUGUCAUCUCUUCCGAUGGACAAUUCGCCCUUUCCUCCUCUUGGGACCACACCCUGCGUCUCUGGGACCUGAACACUGGCCAGACCACUCGCAGAUUCGUGGGCCACACCUCCGAUGUCCUGUCCGUCAGCUUCAGCGCAGACAACAGGCAGAUUGUCUCUGGUUCGCGUGACAGAACCAUCAAACUUUGGAACACCCUUGGAGAGUGCAAGUAUGAUAUCAAGGAUGAUGGUCACACUGAGUGGGUGUCAUGCGUGCGUUUCAGCCCCAACGUCAUGAACCCUGUUAUUGUCUCGUGUGGAUGGGACAAGGUUGUCAAGGUCUGGGAACUGUCCAAGUUCAAAUUGAAGACCAACCACUACGGCCACACUGGCUACAUCAACACCAUCUCUGUCUCUCCUGACGGUUCCCUUGCUGCAUCAGGUGGCAAGGACGGCAUUACCAUGCUUUGGGACCUGAACGAGGGCAAGCACCUUUACUCGCUCGAGGCUGGUGACAUUGUCAACGCUCUUGUGUUCUCGCCCAACCGCUACUGGCUAUGCGCUGCCACCGCCAGCUGCGUCAAAAUCUUUGACCUCGAGAGCAAGUCGAUCGUUGACGAGCUCAAGCCCAGCUUCACUGAUGUUGGCCCCAACUCACGGGAACCUGAGUGUGUGUCGAUUGCAUGGUCAGCGGACGGGCAGACGUUGUUCGGUGGAUUCACUGACAACCUUGUUCGUGUCUGGACUGUCACUUCUUAA